AUGAGGCCUGCCCUGCUGUGUGGGUUGCUGCUGCUGGCUGGUAUGACUCCAACCCAGGGAGGGCUCCUGAACCUGAGCAAGAUGGUCAGACAUACAACUGGAAAGAUAGCCUUCUUCAACUACUGGCCCUAUGGCUGCCACUGUGGACUUGGUGGCAAAGGAGAACCCAAAGAUGCCACAGACUGGUGCUGUCAAAGACACGAUUGCUGCUAUACUCACCUGAAGAUGGAUGGAUGCAGGAUCUUUACAGACAGUUACAAAUACAGCAUUUCCCAGGGAAAUAUCCAGUGCUCUGACAAAGGGAGCUGGUGUGAGAAGGAGUUGUGUGCUUGUGACAAGGAGGUGGCCUUGUGCCUGAAGCGAAAUCUGAACAGCUACAACAAGCGCCUGCGUUACUACUGGCGGCCCCACUGCAGGGGCAAGAUUCCUACAUGCUAG